AUGUGCUCCAUGUAUUACGAUGAGGACGGGGAUCUCGCCCACGAGUUCUACGAGGAGACAAUCGUUACAAAGAACGGGAGGAAGCGUGCCAAGCUGAAGAGGAUCCACAAGAACCUGAUACCUCAGGGCAUAGUGAAACUAGAGCACCCUCGCAUUCACGUGGAUUUCCCGGUGAUCAUCUGCGAGGUGUGAGUCGCCAGACUUUGCUGCCUGUGGGUGGGAGGCCCUGCCCCACCACCCCCAGCCUCACCAGGAGGCUGCGUGUCGUGUUCCCACCCGAGGAGGACU